CACAGGCUGUGGGAGCACACAAAGUUUCAGACUAGGAGAAAAGAUGGAACACUAGGAGAAAAGAGCAGUGAGAAGAUAGUGAUAGUAAACAAGAGUGAGUAAGACAGAGGAAGCACAAAUCCACCCAUUAAAAGGAGGAUAAGCAGUGUGACACAUUGUUCAGGCUGGAAACAGUACAAACAGUUCACCACCUUGACAUCUGAGAUAAAGGACUUUUUUGGCUCUCUUUUCAUCAUAUUUUUUAAAUUUACUUACUCAAAUGCAACGCUGCGGAUAUGUACACCUCUGGCUGUUGGGGUCAGUGUUGCUAAUCUGCCUUGUCUCAGGGGAUGAGAGGGGGAACCGGGACGUGGCGCAUCAAGAGUUCCAUCUGAAGCCACCAUCUGAGUCCAAAUCGAACUUAAAUCAGACCGAACAUGGCCAUGGCUCCAGCGUCAUCACAGGAAUACCCGUCGUGACCUUUAAGUGGCACCAUGUGGAAACUCCUUAUCUCAUUGUGUUAUGGAUAUUGGUGGCUGGUUGUGGUAAAUUGGUCAUCGAGGCCAACCAUCAUGUGACCAGCAUCAUCCCAGAGAGCGCCCUGCUCAUCUGCUUUGGCUUCAUCCUGGGUGGGAUGAUUUGGGGUGCGGACAAGGUACAGACCUUCACACUGACCCCAACAGUGUUCUUCUUUUACCUGUUGCCUCAAAUCAUCCUGGACGCGGGCUACUCUAUGCCAAACAAGCUCUUCUUCAGCAACAUGGGGGGCAUCCUGAUCUACGCUGUCAUCGGGACUUGCUGGAACGCUGCCAGCUUGGGGCUGUCGCUGUGGGGUUGUCACAUGGGAGGAGCCAUGGGUGACCUGGACAUCGGUCUGCUGCAGUAUCUUCUGUUCGGCAGUCUGAUUGCUGCUGUGGACCCUGUAGCCGUCAUCGCCGUGUUUGAGCAAGUCCACGUCAACGAGGUCCUGUUUAUCAUGGUGUUUGGAGAGUCGCUGCUUAACGAUGGAGUGACGGUGGUGCUCUUCAAUGUAUUUGAUGCAUUUGUGUCACUGGGAGGACCCAAAAUUAAUGCUGUGGAGAUCAUUAAAGGAAUAAUUUCCUUCUUUGUGGUGGCGUUUGGUGGAUCCCUCGUGGGCUUUGUAUUUGGCCUGCUGAUUUCUCUUGUGACCAGAUGCACUAAAAACAUCCAGAUCAUUGAGCCAGGCUUUGUCUUCGUCUUGGGGUACCUUGCCUACCUGACUGCUGAGAUGCUCUCCCUGUCUGCCAUCCUUUCCAUUGUUUUCUGUGGUAUGUGCUGCCAGAAGUACAUCAAUUCAAACAUGGACGAGAGGUCCGUCACCACAGUCAGAUAUGUCAUGAAAGUUUUAGCCAACGGAUCAGAAACCAUCAUCUUUGUGUUCCUCGGCAUCUCGGCCAUCGAUAAGACAAUCUGGGUGUGGAACACGGGCUUCAUUCUCCUCACACUCCUCUUCAUCUUUGUGUACAGAUUCAUCGGUGUGUUUUUCCUCACCUGGAUCCUGAACAAGUUCAGGCUGGUCCCCAUAGAGUUCAUAGAUCAGGUGAUUAUGAGCUACGGUGGCUUGCGAGGGGCAGUCGCAUACGGCCUAGCUGCGAUGCUGGAUGGGAGCAAGAUAAAGGAGAAGAAUCUGAUGGUCUGCACAACUCUCAUUGUGGUGUACUUCACUGUCAUUCUUCAGGGAAUAACAAUGAAACCUCUGGUCACCUGGCUCAAAGUAAAGAGAGCUGCAGUGUCGGAGCUCACACUCAUAGAAAAAGUGCAGAACAAGGUGUUUGAUCACAUGCUUGUUGCCAUAGAAGAUAUAUCGGGACAAAUUGGACAUAACUACAUGAGGGACAAGUGGAAUCACUUUGAGGAGAACUGGAUGUCGAGGGUUUUGAUGAAGCCAUCGGCGAGGAAGAACCGCGACUACGUCUUCAACGUCUUCCAUAAGCUGAACCUCAAGGAUGCUAUGAGCUAUGUGGCAGAGGGUGAACGCAGAGGCUCUCUGGAGUUCGUCCGCAAUGAAACUGCAUUUGUGGACUUCAAGAAGAAGUUUGGUGACGAAUUCUCAGAAGUUAUGCCUGACAUCACAGCAGACACGUCAGAGGAUCACGGUGGAAUGACCCCUAUGAGAAGAGACCCUGUGCCAUCAGUGAGCCUGGAACUGCACGAGCAGAACAUGAAUGGUUUGAGGGAAACAGAGGACGUUAACACUCAUCACCUGCUGCAGCAGCAUCUGUACAAGGGCAGGAAACAGCACCGACACAGAUACAGCCGGAGCCAUUUUGAUGUCAACAAGGAUGAAAAUGAGGUGCAGGAGAUCUUCCAGAGGACCAUGAGGAGUCGUUUGGAGUCUUUUAAGUCUACAAAGAUGGGCGUUGCUCCACCAAAGACGAUAACCAAGCACUCAAAGAAAGACCAGCAGCAAAAGAUGCCAAAUGGAAAAUCAACAGACAAAAGUAAAAGCUACUAUUCUGGUGAUGAAGAUUUUGAGUUCUCAGAGGGAGACACCGCCUCGGGCUAUGAGGCGUCAGGCAGUUCGUUCCCCAUGAGGGUCACCUACAGAGCAGGAGCUGGAAUAGAGAAUCCAGCCUUCAUGCCGGAGCUGGACCCCAUGUCACCGAUGCAGAUUCCCCCGUGGCUGGCAGAGGCAGAGCUCGACAGCAGCACAGUGGCUCCUUCGCAGCGGGCCCAGGUGAGGCUGCCAUGGACGCCCAGCAACCUGAGCCGCCUGGCUCCUCUUCGCAUCAGCACUCGCUCCACCGACUCCUUCGCACAGGCCGACACUCCUGCCACACUGCAGGGGGACAACCAGCAGCUGCCUCCACCACCACCACCUCCACCUCCCUCUCACAGAGAUGAUAGCCUCAUGUAGCAACAUCCCAUCCCUCCACCAACUCCCCUCAACCUGCUGCCGAAGACACAGAACUUAACCUCAGACUUUGCACCGUCAACUCUCAAAAUAUUGACUAGGGAGUGUUUUCUUUUCCACUGCUUAAUCUCACUCUUGAGUCUCUAGACAAAACAUUCACAGUCCCACAACCUUUGUGCUCUUCAGCUUCUUGUUUCUCUAAUGUCACCCUUCACAGAGCAAAGGGAAGCUACACGUAAAGCAACAGAUCCUGUGCGCACAGUGGCAGUCGUUCACCAGUUGAAUAUUUUCUCUACUGGUUCAUCGUUAACCAGAUGCCUGUCAGUCCCUGUGGAGUAUCUUAUCCCUGAAUGUGAUGAAGAAACCUUUUAAGAAUGCUGAUAUUUAUGAAUUGUGUUGUUUAUAAAGACAAUAAUUUAAUUAGAGUGAUAUGAGAAUAAUUCCACCUCUGUAAUCUGAAUAUAACAUUGUGUUGUGUUUUCUCGCUUGUGUCACAACAGGACUUGAGGCUGAAUAUUGAACAUGAAGGAUGUGACCAUUGUGAAAUGUCAGAUGUAUGAUAAAGACGUGUUAUAUUUAUUGAUAAA